AUGGACAAUAUCGGCGGCACCAUCAAGCGCCGUUCGACGGAGGUAUGGCAAGCUGCGCAGAACAACAUGCCCACCAUGCCCUCUAUGCCGGCCAUGCCUUCUUUGCCCAAUCUCCCUUCUCUGCCGGCCAUGCCACAGUUCUCGUUUGAUGCUUUCCGAAGGCAACCCCAGCAGGAAGGCCUGAAAGGCACCUGGGAGCGCAUUGAUUUGCCCCCGGUUCCUCGUUCUUCCCACUCUCUUGACAUCAUCUCUGGCUGCGCCUACAUCUUUGGUGGCGAGAUCACCCCCCACGAACCCGUCGACAAUGACAUUGUUGUCAUUCGCCUUCCCUUUAGCAGCGCUCCUGCCGACUACUUCAAAAUCCCGGCCAAACCAGACCAUACGAUCCCUGUACCGGCACCGAUUCAGGACAAGGGCAAAAAAGAUGGAUUGGAUAAGCCUUCCAAAAGAGCCAAGGCCAAAGCUGAAGACCUUGGUGAAGAACUCGAAGAGGAAGAGAGUGACAGCGACAACAAUGAUCCCACUGAAGAGAGUGACCAAGGAGAAGCCACGCCGACAACAGCGGAUAAGGGCAAAGGACGAGCUGACAAGUUGGGCGAUGUCCCGUCACCACGAGUUGGGCAUGCAACUGCCGUCAUUGGGUCCCGCAUCUUCUUGUACGGCGGCCGUGGUGGGCCAGAUAUGAGGCCUUUGGAUGAAGGGGGCCGUGUCUGGAUCUUUGAUACCCGCACUCGACUUUGGACCUAUCUCGACCCGGUCCCGGCUGUCAAGGGCGGAUCCAUCGUUCCUCAUCCAGCACCACGAAGCUAUCACAGUGCUACCGCGACGGAUCGGCCCCGCGACUUUGCCCCUCCCCCGCCAACCCAGCCUCAGACCUGGCAGGAGUGGGCGCUUGGUGAUACCUCCAAGACGGGCAUCCCUCAGGAUCCCAUUGUUGGCAACGUUGCCGAGAAUGCAAUUGACGAGGAGACGAGCGGUUACGGCACCUUCUUCGUGCAUGCUGGUGUUCUAGCCAACGGCGACCGCACUAGUGACCUUUGGGCUUUCGACGUCCACUCACGCAUGUGGACUGAACUGCCUGCAGCGCCAGGACCUGCCCGUAGCGGCACCUCCAUCUGCAUCAGCAAGAGUCGAAUCUUCCGUUUUGGUGGAUACGACGGACAGAAUGAGAUUGGAGGUCAGCUCGACUUUUUGAACCUCGAGGUUGAAAUGUUUGAUGACCGUGUUACUCGGGGCGAGGUGGCUGUUCGAGCCCGUGGUAGCUGGCAGUCUAUCUUGGAGGCUAUGCCCGAGGCUUCUUCUCAUGAGAUUCCUUCCGAGAAUGUCCAGGUCUGGCCCGCACCGCGAAGUGUGUCUUCUCUUGAAGCCAUCACCUUUGGCGGCGGCACCGAGUAUCUCGUCCUGACCAUGGGUGAAGCCAGCCCGAGCGCGGACGGCUACAAUGGCGCCGGCAAAUCUCACAACGACGUGUGGGUAUUCCAGGUUCCGCCGGUAGGCAUGACCGCUGCAAGCUUCACGGCAGCCAUGUUCUCAGCCGUGGGCCGCAAGACUGGCGAAGGCAAAUGGACAAAGGUAACUAUGGGGCCUUAUGACGAUGAGGUGCUGGAAGUGCCAAGGGGUCGGGGCAGGCUGGCCAGUGCCCCGAUGUUCGACUUGGAAGAGACUGGAAUUGUGAUUUGGGGUGGCCUGGAUGAUAUGAAUAGGCGGCGCGGAGAGGGAUGGAUUAUGCGACUUGCGUAA